UUUCAACUUUCAACCCUUUUCCUAUUCCUUCUCUUCUAUUCAGAAAGAAUUCAGAAAUCAUUCAGAUACUCUGUAUUUAGACUAAAAACAGAAAUUUAUAUUUAAAAGAAAAAUGACAGCAGCUGAAUUGCAGUUACCUCCAGGAUUCAGAUUUCAUCCAACUGAUGAAGAACUUGUGACGCAUUAUUUAUGCCGAAAAUGCACUUCCCAGCCAAUUGCUGUACCAAUUGUAACUGAAAUUGAUCUCUACAAGUUUGAUCCAUGGGAUCUUCCUGAUUUGGCAUUGUAUGGAGAGAAAGAGUGGUACUUCUUUUCACCUCGAGAUCGGAAGUAUCCGAACGGUUCACGGCCGAAUCGAGCUGCUGGAAGUGGAUAUUGGAAGGCUACUGGUGCGGAUAAGCCGAUUGGAAUUCCGAAAGCGGUGGGAAUUAAGAAAGCAUUGGUGUUUUAUUCUGGUAAGGCACCUAAAGGAGAGAAGACUAAUUGGAUCAUGCAUGAAUAUCGUCUUGCUGAUGUUGAUCGAUCUGCUCGUAAGAACAACAAUAGCUUAAGGCUAGAUGAUUGGGUUCUAUGUAGAAUUUACAACAAAAAGGGAUCGAUUGAGAAGAAUCGGAAAAUGAACACUACCUGCUCUAUGGAUACAGUUGGAUCUCCAGAAGAUAGGAAGCCGGAGAUUCUACCACCGCUACCUCCACCGCCUCAGCCGCAGCAAUUGCACAACGAUUUCUUCUACCUGCCGUCCGAUUCAGUUCCGAAGAUCCACUCCGAUUCAAGCUGCUCAGAGCACGUGCUCUCACCGGAAUUCACAUGCGAGAGAGAAGUGCAGAGCCAGCCGAAACUGACUGAUUGGGAGAAAGCUACCCUCGAUCUUCCGUUUAAUUACAUGGAUGCCACUACCGGCGCGACAACGGUGGAUAAUAGCUUGUUAGGUUCUCAGUUUCAGAGCUGUUAUCAGAUGUCGCCGCUGCAGGAUAUGUUCAUGCACCUGCACAGACCUUUUUGAGUGGGGCCCAGUGGAUCAUUUUCAGCCGCAAGCGUCAAAGGAGACUUAAACGUCCGUGACUUUGCACGUGCGGCCGUAGUAGAAUAAUAGUAGUAGCAUCUUUUGCGUUCACAUUGGCAAUUGUGAAAACAACAUUUGUAUAUGUAGAUGAUAAAAA